AUGACAAACAUGAAGGAAGUGAUGUCGUCCACACACUUCCUCUCAUCUGAAGCACAAAUGUGCAGCAUUUCCUUCAUCGGCGACUUUCAGUAUCUUUUUCAGUUUUUCACGUAUGACACACAUGAUUUGAAUCAUCUCCACUUAUGCGGUCUCAAGAUGAACUCAAGUCCGGUGGAAACGACAACCCGUUACAUUCAGAAUGAUUCAGAUGAUUGUUAUCCAUCCGCGAAUCCAGAGAAGCAGCUGUUCGUGGGCCUUUACCUGGCCGUGAUUGUGCUCGGCAUCCCGUCCAACGUCUUCUUUCUGUUCGUAUCGUGUCAGCACAUCCGUCAGAAGAACGAGUUGGGCGUCUACCUGUUUAACCUGGCGCUCUCUGACCUCCUGUUCAUCGCGUGUUUGCCGGUGUGGGUUCAGUUCACUCUUAGCGAUGAAUGGCUUCACGGCGAGGCCGCGUGCACCGUCUGUGUCUUUCUUCUCUUUACCAACUUCUACACGAGCGCUGUUCUGCUCAGCUGCAUCGCCGUGGAUCGCUACUUGGCCGUGGUUCACCCGCUCAAGUUUUGCACUUUUAGAAAACGCAAGAUGGCGGUGACCGUCAGCGUCACCGCCUGGAUAUUUACUGCCGUUUUCAACGCCAUCACUGUGAGUCCGGACAGCGUCUACGACGAAAAGAAUCUGAUCUGCUUGGAUGUGCUUCCCUUACCCAAAAUGCAAAGGAGGGUGAACAUCGCUCGCUUCGUCGUUGGAUUUCUCAUCCCCUCGGCCGUGGUGGGAUUUUGUUGUUGGCGAAUCUGUCUUGACGUGAAGAGGAACAGGACGCUCGGGUCAACAGAACGUGGGCGCGUGUUUAAGCUUUUAGGAAGCGUUCUGCUCACCUUGUACGUCUGUUUCGGGCCAGUUCACGUCAUGAUGGUUCUGAGGAGUCUACUGGACAUAUGUCCAUACCCCUACUGGCUCUUCAUCGGCUACAAGCUCAGCAUCAUCUUCUCAACGCUCAACUGUCUGGCCGACCCGCUGCUGUACUGCUUCAUGAGUCGCGCGGGUCAGGCCAGCGCUUCCAACGCUUUACUCAUCCUCAGGAAAACGUGCAAGAGACAAAUAUUACAGCCAAAUGAGCAAAUCUCAGGAACGGGUAAAUGUUAGCAAUCACUGGUUACGAAGUGUUUUAUGGAAUGUUAAGUGAAUAAGGACAGACAAUAUUGACCCGAAAGAAGCGUAAUGAAAGUCCUAGAAAGCAGUCUGUACGCAAGUAUACCGAAGUAAUUCCACUUGGUGGCAGUAGUGGCAAGAAAACAACACUUCAGAUUUAACUCCAGAGAAUUGCCCUGGAUGGAAACAUGGAUGCUUUGCUUAAUUUGCUUUGCUAUUUAAUUGUUUGCUCAUCAGAUUUCUAUUCUGAAUCUAAAUCUGUCCUCUCAUUUUGUUCAGCAAACUGAUUCUUUCAGAUAAUUGUACAUAUAAAGAAUCGAUUCAAAGAAACCUGAUUCAAUUGUCAGUUAUAGAAAAAAGAAAGUUUGUGACCUGGACCACAAAACCAGUCAUAUGUGCUAUACAUUUGCAUAUUUGUAGCAAUAGCCAACAAGACAUUGAAUGGGUCAAAAUGAUCCAGCCAAACCAUUAGGAUAUUAAGUAAAGAUCACCUUCCAUGAAGACAUUUUGUAAAUUUCCCACUGUACAUAUAUCAAAACUAUUUUUGUGAGAGGAUGCAGCAAAACCGUGAACAAAAAACACACUUAAAAGAGUUAUUGUAGUUUUGAUUUUAGUUUGACUAAUAUUCAAAAUUAGCUUUUGUUUUUAGAUUUGUAGUUUUUAUGUUAAAUUUAGUUCAAGUUUUAGCUUUAGUUUUAUGUAUGUUUAUGU